AACUUACAAAAUCAAGCCAGUAAUAUAAACGUGAAUAAGGGUAAAAAGAUUGUUUUUAGCAAACACUCGAACUUUGUCUACAAAAAGCAGCCCUUCAUCGUCAACGUUUUCACAUUUAUUAUUCGUUUUCGGUUGUGAUCGGUUGAAUUUUUUUCUUCAAAAUUUUCAUUUUCUUACCCAUACGUUUUUUCGUUUUGAUCGGCGUGUUUUUUUGUUGCCUUGUUCUUAUUUUUUCGUCCUUUGUUCAAACACAACGACACGACGACAUCAGAAAUAAGACGAGAAAAUCAACGAUUAAUUGAAUUCAAUAACGAAAUUUCACUAAUUUACAUCCGUUUCGGUGAACGUGUUGGUGUUUUUGUGUGUGUGUGUUGAAUUGAAUUAAAUUUUUCUUAUUAAAAUCAUCUUAAAAUAUUAUUUAUCAUAAUGCGUGAAAUUGUUCAUAUUCAAGCCGGUCAAUGUGGUAAUCAGAUUGGUGCCAAGUUUUGGGAAGUAAUUUCCGAUGAACAUGGCAUAGAUCCUACUGGUACCUAUCACGGCGAUAGCCCAUUACAAUUGGAACGUAUCAAUGUUUAUUACAAUGAAGCAUCAGGUGGCAAAUAUGUUCCACGUGCCGUAUUGCUUGAUCUUGAACCGGGUACAAUGGAUUCUGUUCGUUCAGGUGUUUUCGGUACAUUAUUUCGACCGGAUAAUUUUAUUUUUGGUCAAAGUGGUGCUGGUAAUAAUUGGGCCAAAGGCCAUUAUACUGAAGGUGCUGAAUUGGUUGAUACCGUUUUGGAUGUCGUACGUAAAGAAGCCGAAGGCUGUGAUUGUUUACAAGGCUUUCAAUUAGCUCAUUCAUUGGGUGGUGGUACUGGUUCCGGUAUGGGAACAUUACUUAUCUCGAAAAUUCGUGAAGAAUAUCCGGAUCGUAUCAUGAAUACAUUCAGUGUAAUGCCUUCACCAAAAGUAUCCGAUACUGUUGUUGAACCAUACAAUGCAACGCUUUCUGUUCAUCAAUUGGUUGAGAAUACUGAUGAAACCUAUUGUAUCGAUAAUGAAGCCUUGUAUGACAUUUGUUUCCGUACAUUAAAAUUGACCACACCAACUUAUGGUGACCUAAAUCAUUUGGUUUCGGUUACAAUGUCUGGUGUCACUACUUGUCUUCGUUUCCCUGGCCAAUUGAAUGCUGAUUUAAGAAAAUUGGCCGUUAACAUGGUACCGUUUCCACGAUUGCAUUUUUUUAUGCCUGGAUUUGCACCACUCACUUCACGUGGUUCACAACAAUAUCGAGCCCUUUCUGUACCCGAAUUGACACAACAAAUGUUUGAUGCUAAAAAUAUGAUGGCCGCAUGUGAUCCACGACAUGGACGAUAUUUGACCGUUGCCACCAUCUUCCGUGGACGUAUGUCAAUGAAAGAAGUGGAUGAGCAAAUGUUGAAUGUUCAAAAUAAGAAUAGUUCAUAUUUUGUUGAAUGGAUUCCAAAUAAUGUUAAAACAGCCGUUUGCGAUAUUCCACCACGUGGAUUAAAAAUGGCCGCUACAUUUAUCGGUAAUUCGACAGCAAUUCAAGAACUUUUCAAACGUAUAUCGGAACAAUUUACCGCCAUGUUCCGACGUAAAGCUUUCUUGCAUUGGUACACUGGUGAAGGUAUGGAUGAAAUGGAAUUCACUGAAGCUGAAUCCAAUAUGAACGAUUUGGUUAACGAAUAUCAACAAUAUCAAGAAGCAACAGCUGAAGAUGAAGAAUUAUUUGAAGAGGAACAGCCAGAAACUGCUUGAAAAAAUUAAAUUAACCGAUAAAUUUUUCAAAAUGACUGACUUGUGAAUUUUGACUAACAUCAUAACCAUCAUCAAUAAUGAGAAAAGCAGUAUACCAAAAAAACAACAAAACAUACCCAUUUUCCACCUCACGCCUGUAACUUUGUUCGUUAAACGUUCAAUCAUACAAUUUUUUACCACUUUUUUUAUUCAAUUUUUUUUUACAAAAAUAAUUGCAUUUACACAACCAUCAAUCAAAUUAAAAUAACAUAAUGAUAAUUUGUAUAAAAGAUAUUCAGCCAAAAAAAAAAAUCAAUAAUUUAACACUUUUAUCUAUAUGAUGACUUGAAACAAUAAAAUGAUUUUAAUUUUA